AUGUCCAACAACAAGAUGAAAGGCCUCUUAAAAGGCCUACGAUACAUUUCUCAAAUAUUUGCCUCAUGCAGGUCAUGUUUUGACCUUGUGCAGAUCAACGAGUAUAAAUCGCCUCCGGGAUUUUCAUCAGCGCCAUUAAGUCUCCCUGAAGACAUCGGAGAAAACAAUGUGAGGAGAGAUACAAGGGCUACAAAUUCUCUGGCUAGAGACUUGCCGGAAUUACCGAGAUCUUCAAGGCGUCAAUCAUCGGCAAUUGGAGUUGUAACCGAUCAGUCCCCUACCAAGGAAAAAUCAGAAAAGUCAAAACAAUCAAGGAGAUCAUCUAAAAGUUCCAUUAAUAAAGAUUCACUUGAUGGUACUAAACCGACCCGAUCAGCCACCCGACAACCCUUGGAUCCCAAUAACCUAGGGGACGUGUCACCGGCACACAGCCUUCCAGACAUUCCUAAAAAGGCUAGGAGGAAGAAAGUGAAGGAAUACUCUCAUGGGAGUACUAUGUUAGCAAGAUCAUCAAGAUUGAAACCCCAAGCUUCUCCUGGUGGAUAUCAAUCUCCGUUCUCUGUUGAGACGUAUCAAUCUCCAUUCUCAGAUCCCGGGCCUGGAUCUGGAUCUUUAUCCACAUCAAAGAAUAACGAGCUUUAUCCACAAUCUUUUGAAGAUCAGGGGCAGCAAAAGGGAUUUCCAGGAAUAUAUUGAUCAACAUUCAAUGUAUGUUAUAUAUAUUUGUAGCUAGAAUGAUCAAUUCUUAGUUGAAACCAUUUUUUUUUCUUCCCCUCUUUUGUGUAUGAUCCACCCACGUCGGUCGGUGCACAUUAAAUUGUUGAAGAUAUUCUUUUCCUUAAUUUGUUUCAAACCUUUGUUGAAUGUUAUUGCAUGCUUAUAAA